UGACGCGCGCGUCGCAGUCUUCCGAGCCGCCGUGCGCUGUCGCUGUUGCACCCGUCCUCGCCCUACAAAAUCAUGUUCCGCGCCGCCGUCCGCUCAGCAGGCCUCGUCGCCCGCGCCGCCGCUAGGCCCAAGCCCUCCCUCGCCAUCCGCGCCCUUUCCACCACCCCUGCUCGCUUCUCGGACGCCCCCAAGCUCGAGCUUUUCGGCCCUGGUGGCAAGGCCGGUGAGGUCCCCACCGAGGAGGAACAGGCCACCGGUCUCGAGCGUGCGCAGAUCCUCGCGGAACGGGAGGGUAUUGAGCUCUUUGACGAGAACCCGCUGGACUCAAGUAGGAUUGGCACCCUUGCCGACCCUAUCAAGGUCCUCUCUUACGAGCACAACCGAAUCAUUGGGUGCACUGGCAGCCCCGCGGAAUCGCAUGAGCUCCUCUGGAUGAACCUCACUCAGGAGAAGAAGAGGCGCUGCCCUGAAUGCGGCUCCGUGUACGAGCUUGACUACCAGGGCGACAACGAGAUUGUCCUUCACGACUUUGUGCAGCAGUAGACUUGUGGGCGCGCCAGCCAUUUCACUGUGUAACACACUAGUAAUCAAUGCAUUUGCUGUCGAACAUGGGUA